AUGGACGACCUGCCGGCGCCGGAGACGAGGGACUGGUCGCAGCUGCCGCUGGACGCGCUGUCCCUGGUCUUCGCCAAGCUCGGCGCCGUAGAGAUCCUUAUGGGCGUGGGCCUCGUGUGCCACUCAUGGCUCGAAGCGGCCAAGGUGCCUGAUGCGUGGCGAUGCGUGCAGAUUGCGCGGCACGAGAUUGUAAUGGGAUGGCCGAGGACGAAGAAGCAUUUACUGCGGGCAAUGGCGAAGGUGGCCGUGGACCGUUCUGAUGGCCGGCUUGAGGUGUUUGAAGGGGCACGUUUUGUUGACGAUGAGCUGCUCAAGUAUAUAGGUGCCAGGUCGCAGUCUCUGAAGAGCAUUACCCUGUUUUGCUGUCCAUCUGUCAGCUCGGCAGGACUCACCGAGCUUAUGAGAAACUGUCCUCUUCUGGAGGACCUCAACCUGAUCUAUGGCUGUUCGUCGUGUGUCGGGGCCAAUCUGUUUGAAGCCAUCAGGGAAGCGUGCCCGAGGCUGGCAUGCAUCGUGAUUCGCACGGAGGAGGACCUGGACUGGAACCUGCUGGUCGAGAUCGCGACGCUGCAGCAGCUGAGACGGCUGACCCUCGGGGGCUUCGAUUUCAGCUGCGAGCAGCUGACCGCCAUCGUCGAUGGCUGCCCUCGCCUUGAGUUUCUUGACGUACGCUACUGCUGCUGCCGUCAGAUGCUGGCCGGCAACGGCGCCCUGCGAGCAAACUGCGCCAGGAUCAAGACGCUCCGGCUGCCCCCUUAUAUUGAUGAUUAUUAUUUGGGACAAUGGGGCUAA